AUGGACGCCCAAGAGACGCACUCGCAUUCCACACCACACACCGCAAGAGAAGGAGCAGAAGAGGAAGCGGAAGAGGAAGCACAGGCACAGGCACAGGCACAAGCACAAGAUGGCCAUGUCACCCCAAGCCAGCCCCAUGCACCGGGCCUCGAUCUGGACGACAGCACCCCACGAUCCGAGCUGCCCUCAGUCCCAGAGGCCCUCAGCGCAAAUCUCCUCACCCAGAGCCACGUCCUCGAGCCAGAACCAAGCUACUUCUCUCCGCAACCCCUCCGCCUCUAUUCCUCUCCCAUCCCCCGCUCCACGCCUGCCUCGACCAAUCCCUCCCCCACCGCAAGCACCAAUGCUUCGGCCGCCUCCCUUGGCUUGAUAGAGCUGCCCACUGUCCACGAGAUUGCACACUCUUCUGGCCUGGCAACACAUCCCGACCGCCCAGCCUUCCUGCGAGACUUCUCCACGUCCAGCAAUGCUACAGUGCGCGCAAAUGGGUUAGAUACUACCUACACGUACACGACUCCUUCACGGCAACGGGAUGGGCCCGUCUACCCCAACCAGUCCUAUGCCGCCCUACACCUUCAGCAAUAUCCCAUACCGCAUGUUCCCCCCAUCGUUCGUUCCCGCAGUUCGCACCCCUCCCACUCCGCCGCAAAUUCGCUCUCUAGCCUCUCGGCAUUUGGCCUUUCAGACGAGCACUAUCGAGAUAUCAUGGAGUCGGGCCCCCGGACGGUUGGCAACUCUCCAGUUAGCAGUCCAGGCCUCUUCGAUCCUACCAACCGUCGUUCGCGAAACUUUGAGCAGCCCGACGACGGCCUCUACUCGAGCCCUUGGCUACACCACACGCACAGACAACCUCCCAAGGAGACCCAUAUCGCCGACGUCCAAGCCGACCCCGUUUCUGGACGCAAGAUUGUCAACCAGUACGAGAUCAUCGACGAGCUUGGCCGGGGCGUGCACGGCAAGGUCAAAUUAGGAAAAGACCUGAUGCACUCAAGGUAUGUCGCCAUCAAGAUCGUUGACCGCUACUCCAAACGCCGACGCUUGGGCAAAAACACGAGCCACGAGGACAAGAUCAAACGCGAAAUCGCCAUCCUCAAGAAGGCCCGCCACCCCAACAUCGUCAGCCUGCUCGAAGUCAUAGACGACCCGGCUAAGAAGAAGGUCUAUAUCGUACUGGAGCAUGUUGAGUUGGGCGAGGUCAAGUGGAGAACUGAAGGGGCCAAGGAGAUAUGUCUGGUGGAAUGGCGUCGCUUCAAGCGGGAAUCCCAUGGUAUUUUCGACAAUGACAGCGCAGCCUUGGAAGACGAAAAGAUCAUCAGAGUGGCGCACCAACAGCUUGCCCGCCAACAACGUCGUCUGGCUAGGGAAGCACACAUCCGCCGUAAGAACGCUACAUCCAACCAACCUUGGAGUCUUGAAUUCGGUAUGGACUCAGAUGACGAACAGUCCGAGACUGGCCGGAGCUCUCAAGCUUCCAAUCAUGAUGACGACCGUCUGCCCAACCAAGUUCAGUUUAAACAACAACCCUCUUCAAGUCACCACAACGAGCAUAUGGAAACGGCCUUCCGUUCGUCGCCCCCUGCUACGAAUUUGCGAUCUGAUCAAGCUGAUGUCGCCACCGGGCUUGAGGGGACAAUGUAUGGCGCGUACGACACAGAACUCGUCAGGGGUCGCACACCAAGUCUUGCCGAUAGCAUCUCUUCUCACCUGACGGAUGCAGAAGAGGACAUACCCGAACACUUUCACUACGUCCCUUUGAUGACUACCCAAGCUGCUUGGGAAGCUUUCAAGGACACCGUCUUGGGCAUAGAGUAUUUACACUACCAAAACGUCAUCCAUCGCGACAUCAAGCCCGCCAAUCUUCUUGUAACAAGAGAGCACCGAAUCAAAAUAUCCGACUUUGGCGUGUCCUACUUGGGCCGGCAGAAGACGGAAGAAAGCAACGGAGAUCACGCAGAGUCCGACUAUCAGGAGGUCGACGAAGCCAUUGAAUUAGCCAAGACGGUAGGCACCCCAGCCUUCUACGCCCCCGAACUCUGCCGCACUGAGGUCGACGCGGAUACUCCACUCGUUGAUGGCGGUAUCGACAUCUGGGCCCUCGGCGUAACACUUUACUGCCUCAUCUAUGGUCGUGUGCCCUUCCACGACACGAAUACUUUCACCCUCAUGAGGGUCAUCAGUGAUGAGGAGCCAUACAUACCAAGGUAUCGACUGAAGCCUGUGGCUGAACACGCCAACUCGCGACCCAACUCGCACGGACGGAACAGUCAGCCAAUGAUGAGCAGCAAGAGGGCCCCACACGAUCUUGAGUACGAGGAAGUCGAUGAGAACUUACGCGAUCUUCUACGACGCUUGCUAAUCAAGGAUGCCCGACAUCGCAUCACCAUCCCCGAAAUCAAACGCCACCCGUGGUUACUUUCCGGCAUCCCCAACUACGAUGUAUGGGCUGAAGAGACGGAUCCGAGCAGAUCAUAUGAUGGAGGAAAAAUUGAAAUCUCCAAGGACGAUGUCGAGCAGGCUGUGGUUCCCAUUGGCUUCGUCGAACGUAUCCGUUCGGCCGCCAAAAAGACUGCAGACUUCGUGACGAAAGGGUUUACUCGUAGUUCAGGUUCAAGACGUCGCGCUCAGAGCUCUGCGACAAACCAAGAACCGCCUCCAAGCAUCAGUGCGACUUCUUCGAGCAGCAAUAUCAGCCAAGACGGAAGGCGGGGCAGUCUGGCACCUAGUGCCAUUCUCGAGUUAAUAAGUCGGUCACGUGAAGCAGAGCAUCCUCUUUCACAUAGUGUUACCGCAAGCCCAGAAGCAAGGGAGCGAUCGAAAUACUUUGAUAGUCCAACCUCUCGCACCGCGUCUCCUGCACAAGGUGCUGAGGGUUAUAGACCGCUUCUACAAGACCGGGCCCUUUCAUCCAUACAGACGGUUAGGCAAGCAGAUAUGCUUCAGGGUCGAUCCGGCUCCCCAAGCUUGCCACCAGCUCUCCCUGGCACUCCAUUGGCUCUAGAUUCUCCUGGUGGUUCGCAACUGGGUGGCUUAUUUGGAGGGCUCCCCCGACGAGUGGUCAAUAGUAUGAGGAGUAAAGACAAGCUCAAGCCUCCAAAAGAACACUCCCGCGUAAAGUCAAUUGAUAGGCUUAUUGGAGGCGACGACGAUGCUCACGGCGUCCCCAGCCUUGCAGUAAGCACCACAACCGCCUCUGGCCAUGUAGACCAGCCGGAUGCCCUAAAGGACCUAUCGCCUGUAGCCCAAGGAUUGCUGACCAGCUCCCCCGACACAUAUUCCCGUGGAGCGCUCAAUACCACCUCGCGGCAGUCAUCAGUGACAUCUCUCUCCUCUCGGCUACACCGAAACUGGGCGACGGCAAACGAGCUUGAAGUUGGUCCUAUGUUGGGCAUACCUUCAGAUACCAGACCAGAGUAUUCGCAUUUCCCAUUGGCACAAACGCAGCCUCCACAAGAAUUCUAUGCCGGCAGAAGGCCAUCAUAUCCUGCGCCUGCGCCACAUGCUCGUGAAACAUCGGAUCACAGGUUCAGUCGCGCGAAGGAUGAGUUCGUGCAACGCAAGGUCAGGGAAGAGAACUUAUACCGCGAAAGGUCGACUUCUGCAACGUAUCAAAGGCCAUCUUCAUCACUCAGUCAGACUGCGUGCCCUCCAAGUCCGGAUGACGAAAUGCAUUUACAACGUCAAAAAGUUGAAGAUUACUUGAAUCGCAACGACGCGUCCUCCGAGAAUAGUCCUGUUGGUGGACAAGAGCGAGGUCUAGCCUUUUGUUCGUCCGAGGAGCAUUUCUCGCCCAUGUCGCAGUCUACAUCCAAUCCUUCGAUCCCUUCGGUUGCAUCUGCCGGCUCCUCAGCGCCGGACGAGUGCGGGCCGUUGAAUCAUUUUGCCGACAUGAUGCCCGUGGCAUCAGCGGACUCAUUCCGCAUCAAUCAUCUUGAAACUCAUCUCGACGAUCCUACGGGCUACGACGGAGACCACGCCAUCGAAAGUGAUGAAGAUGACGAGAGCGACGAUGACGGACUCUUUAUCAUCAAGAAGCCCAAGCCCAAGGAUACGUCUCACCGAAGUAAUUCAAUCUCCAACGCCGAAUUAUCGCGCUCGAUUGUGCACCAGGAUAUUAGGGCUACGGGUCGUCGCCGCUCAACCCGCAGUGGAAGCAACGGCACUGUCAAGAAGAUACUUCCUUCGAGUGAGCCAUUCGACGAGCAAACCCCCACACCUGAAGCGCCAGCAUCUACAGGACAAUAA